GCCCAGGGUCACACAGCCAGACUUGUGUCAGGAAGGCUCUUGCCCUAGUGUGAGGAACCAACUGAGAGGACCCAGGACCCGUAUUCCAUCACAACCUUACUUCUGUGAGCAGCACUGGACUUAGCAGCAAGGACAAAAGGCAGGCUCAGGCUAGAGACAUCGCACAAUACCAGGACUGAAGGAGGGACAGCCUGCUCCCCCUGGGCCGCAGCCGGCUCCUGACGCCCCCCAAUGAGAGGGGGCCGUGCCCCGGGGCUCCGGCUCAGUACCCAGAGGAGGCCGAAGCAGAGCGCGGCGCUCGUUGCAGCCGCAAACUUUUGCACCUGCGCCCCGCGCGCCUCCCCAGCAUGUAAAGCCUUUCCUGCAGCCUCAGCUGUCGCCAACAUCGCCGCCGCCUCCCGGGGACACGCGGCCACCCCCAGGUUGGGCUCUGGGCGGCUCGAGCAGGGAUGAUGAUCUGGGACUGGAUGCUUCGCCCUCGCUGCUGCUGGCCCUCGCUGCUGCUGCACUGUGCGCUGCACCCGCUCUGGGGUUUCAUUCAGAUCACUCACGGCGAACUCCAGAAGUCAUGUUCUAAGACCAUUGCAGAAAAAGGUACCGAUAGCUGCCAGGAGAUCUGCCAGUGUAGACGGCCUCCUCCACUACCACCUCCUCCUCCUCCGCCGCCGCCUCCCAGACUGCUCUCCCUCACACCUCCCAACUCUACCUCGUGCCCUGCUGAAGAACCCUGGUGGUCAGGCUUGGUCAUCAUUAUCGCAGUAUGCUGUGCCACACUCGUGUUUCUGGUUGUCAUUGUCAUCAUUUGUUACAAAGCCAUAAAGAGGAAACCAUUAAGAAAAGAAGAGAAUGGAACAAGUGGAACCGAAUAUGCCAUGACCUCCUCUCAAAACAACAAAACAGUGGAUGUAAAUAAUGCAGUUGUGUAAUCCCUGCUGACUCCCAGACAGCCUGGCUGGAGUGAGGUCUCAUCAAAGCACACAGGGGUACAGGAAGAAGGGAGGGAGCGAAGACACAGCAGGUGACAGCUUGGUGGGCCCAGGACUUAAUUCCCAAUUCUUGCACACCUCAAGCAUUCAGAGAGAAACCCGACUGCUUUUCAAGACUUUGCUGAGCAUCUGAUGAAAAGGAUUUUGCCUGCCAGUCAGAGGCAGCUCAGAGAGGAGAACGUAGAAUUAGAAAGAACCCUAGAGAUCAUCUAGUUCAACCCCCUCAUUUUACCGAGGAGGAAAUUGAAGGCAGGGGGAUUACGUGACUUGACCAAGGUCACGCAUCUCAGAAGGAGCCGCAGUGUUGGGAUUUGAACCCAGAUUCUCUUACUUCAGUUACAGUGCUCUUCCUCCUAUGCCCAGAAUGAGGCACGAUGACCACGUGCAACGUCUGCCAAGGGGACAAAUGUCAGCAUGCCUUGAGCUUCUCUCUUGUCAUGGUUGCUGUCCUCAUUUUUGUUUGAUCCAGUUCAUGAGAGCUGCUGACAAAAGAGGACUUGCUGGAAUUGGGGAUUUAGAAUGGGCAUUCUAGCUAUCCUACAUAGCCUUGCUGGUUACAUCCCUCUGGCAAGGGAGUAGCACCCUCCACUUCUUCUUAACCCUUUAGAGGGAAGGUGUCCGUGAGCGUAUACUACCUGCCCCCAACCUGCAUGCCCUCACAAGCAAGGCCGGGAAACCUAUCAGCAGUCUGGUGACUAUGCAAUUUCCAGUGACCCAAGGCUCCUCCAAUCAGGACAGGGCUCCUUCAAGUGUUGGUUUGACUGUGAGAAUUUUCAUUUUUUAAAAAGGUGCUUUCAAUACAUUCCUUCUCAAGAGCCUCCAUCCUUUGCUUUGGGUUUCUGUCUUACCUUCUUUCUUCUUCACCCCAGCAAAUACUUGAGUUCCUUGUUCUCCUCAGCUCUCUAAGUUCAUACUCUAAGGCCCCACUGCACAGCUAUUUCUUUGUGAAAAUGCCUGAUGAAGAAAAAAAAAAAGAACAAGAAACUUGUUUACAUUGGUGUGGAUAAACAGCUGUGUUCAUGGUCUCAGAUAUGGAAAGGAUGAGCCAGACCAGAAACCAAAGUUCUCUUUCCAUCCUUUGGAUGAGCUGUUGAGUCCACCUAGUUGUUUUUUUAAUUUCUUUGCAUAUUUUCUCAACUCGCCAAGAGCUUAACAGACCUAGCCUGUAGCUAGUGUUGUUUGUGAAAAGAACAGGCAAAUAAUUGUGAGCUCAGUUCUCUGACUGGCUGUGAUGGAGGCUGCCUAUCGUGCCAAAUUCUGCAUGGGAACUUUUUGUCAUACUUAGGGGUGGCAUAGAUCAUGCUUUCCCUAAAGCCAUGCUGCCACCAAACCCAUUUCACUUAGUACCUCAAGUACCAAGGUAUUAAGACAUUGUGUUGUCCCCUCUCUAUAAAACAAACAACUAGAUCUGUUCCCCAAUUCUCGAGGUCUUCGUAUGGAAACUGGCUGACCACUUGGGGAGAUAAUAUGAUUUAGCUAUGGGCUGGAGUAGAUGACCCCUGCAAGUCCUGACUCUGGGAAUCUAUGAUUGGGAACAGCCUUGCUUUGUCUCCCUCCUCCAGAAAGCCCAUUUGUAUCUCCCUUUGUCAACUAGAUAUUUCUCUAUCACCUUGCUCCAGAUAGAAAGUUCUGAGAAUUGAAUUGCAAUAUGGAGGGAGAUAGAGGGAGUGAUCCCAAAUGUCUAUUUCCAGUGCCACUGUGAAGCUUCAGUAAUAUUCAGUAUCUGUGUCUCAAGUGGUUGGCAACCCCAUUACUGAAAAUAAUCACCAACGGAAUUAACACAUUAGUAAACCAAGGCAUAUUGACAUACACUCUGUUUUGCAGUACAUAAUGUGUCUAUUUAAAUUUACUGUCCGUUAGGUUGUAAGCUCUUGAAAGCAGGAGACUUCCACAUGGAGCUGAUUGUCAAAAAAAUCAUUCACCUGUUGAACCUUUAUUCAUCAGUCCUAUGUUGUUGUUUUUUUAACCUUUGAAUUUCCUUCAGCACCCACCACAAUAUCCUUCAUACAGUAGGUAUCUACUAAUACAGAACCAAUCAUCUUAAUGUAUAUUUGAGGUAAUCAUCACUGGAUUGGAAUUUAGUCACAUUCAUCCAAAUUAAAGGUAACUCCAACUCCUUCUGACUUAGAGCAUCCAUCUCUAUGAAUAAUCUUUCACUCUUAAUCACCCUGUAUUUAACAUGAUCCGACACAUGCUUGUGGGGGAAAAGACUAUAUUUGCAAAUCUAAGUAGGAUGGACUGUCGAUACCAGCCUCAGUUUGCAUUGGCCUUUCCAAAAUGUAAUGUGCUCCUCUGAAAGAAAAUUGAAAGUUUCCUUUAAGAAAAAGGGGAACGUGGUGGUCUCUGAACCAAAGCAUGUACUAUCAGUCUCAUAAAUGAGUAGAUGCUGGCAAGUAUAAAGAAAGCGUAUUGAGCUGAUUCUAAACUUUGAAUUACCUCCUAUUACAUGCAGUUAUGGUACUUCAUAAACUCGCCCCACUAAUAUGAUACAGUUUAAACGAACACAGACACCAACAGUCUCCUCCAGUUCACCAAACAUAUAUGUUGUUUUGAAGAUCAAAUAAUAAAUUAACAGACUGGAAGUGAGACACCCCCACACUCACAUCUGCCCAUCUAGCUUCUGGAAUGUCAGGAUGGAAGAAGUGGCAAGGGGUUAUAGAAGAGAGGAGGUCAAGAAGCCUCCAGGCUCUGCUUUUUGCUAUCUGUGUGAUCUUGGGCAAGUCAUUUAACAUCUCUGGACUUCAGUUUCCUCAUCUAUAAAAUGGAAGUGUUUGAUUAGAUACCAUUUUUAGAUCCAUGAUCUUAUGAAUAUAAUUUUCAAAUAAAAAGGUACUAUUAGAGAUCAAAUUCCAGCACUCUCGUCAUUUCACAAAGGAGGAAAUUCCUUUAAGAGUUAAAAGUGGGAAAGGUUAUUUGCCCAGCUGCCAUAGAUGGUACGGCUAGGUGGCACAGUGGAUCGAGUAUCAACCCUGGAGUCAAGAAGACUCCUCUUUCUGAGUUCAAGUC